GUAGCAGGUGGAUGCUUCGUUUAAUAUUCGUCUAUCACUAAAUGAGUUUGUUUUAACAUUUAACGAGAUCAAGAUGUUCAUUAAACCGUUCAAAGUUAAGUCAAAUAAUCAACUAAAGGGUACAGAAAGGAAAAAAUUAUGUCAAGAAAUAUUGACAGCAUACCCGACACUGACAGAUGAUGAAAUACAGUCAUUAAUCCCUAAGAAAGAGGCAAUAAGUGCUAUGAAGAUUGCAACUCAUAGCGGGCAAUUAGGCAAAGUAUAUUGUGUUGCCAAAGUACCUAUGUUUUUCCAACUUGACUUUUUGCACCUCCUACUAUUACCCACUAUAUAUACUUUAUGGUAUCAUCCAAACUUGUUAAAAGUUUUUACAACGAAACUUCCAGUGGUUUCAAAAUUAGCGGGUGGUGCAGAUCUUAUGUUACCUGGAGUGAUCGUUAAUGAACCAGUAACAUUGUAUACUUUUGGGAAAUUACACAAGGGUACACCUGUUUCAGUUGAUACAGAUGACAAUAAGGCAUCUGUUGCGGUUGGUAUUACUGCACGAUCUAGCGAGGACAUGUAUAUGUCAGGAGGCCAUGGGAAAUGCAUAGAAAUUUUGCAUGUAAUAGGCGAUACGCUUUGUCAGUUGGGAAAGCCACCGAGUAGACCAAAUUUAGGACCAGCAAACAUUGGUAAUGAUGAUGAUAAAUUAGACAAUCUGGAAGAAACUAGCAAUCAGGUUAAUGAAAGUUAUGAUAAUCCACCUGUUGAUGCAAUGAAUGAUUUAGAAGUUUCUAAUGAGAAUGUGCCAAAAACUGAAUCACCAUGUGAGGAAAAUGUAGAAGAAGAUGAAGUAGAAGAAACUGAACAAAUAGGGGCUGCAGUCCUUGAUCAACAAGAGGCAGUAAUAGAUCCUGUACAAGAAAUGGAUAACUUACUAGAGUAUUGUUUCUUGAAGGCAUGCAAGACAUCUGUAAAGUCCGGUGAUCUACCAAUGUUAGUGUCCAAUUUCUUUAAGAAUCAUUUGAUGGCGGCAUGUCCACCAGAUAAGAAUGUAGACAUAAAAAAAUCUCGGUACAAAAAGUUAUCCGUGUUCUUAGCAGAAAUGAAAGCAAAAGGUGUUAUUAAUACUUCUAUUACAAAAGGUGUUGAAAGUAUACUGUCGAUUAAGUUUGAUCAUCCAUCGUUAAGGAAGCUAGUCAUCUUAGAAGAGCCUACACCGGCGGAACCAGUAGUGUCGAACACAGCAGUGGUCUCUGAGUGUUACAAAGUGACUGCAGACGUGGUGCCAGUAUUGUCGAAAUUCGGAUACGAAAAAGGGGACGUAAUGAAAAGAGCUGAGAUCAGAAAAUGUUUUACUGAAUACGUGAAACGGGAGAACCUACAAGAUGGAAAAAUGCUGAAGUUGAAUCCACAGCUCGCGGGAAUUAUGAAAACGAAAGCGGAUCAGGUGACUGUCUCGAUGGAGGAUGGAAUUAAUAAGUUUAUAGGACGAAUGACGCACAUGCAUGAAGUUACCUUAGCAGGAAAUAAGUUACUACAUACGGGAAAAUUGGAACCAAUUGAUAUGAGGGUCACAGUUCGAUCCGGUGGUAAAAAGGUAACGCUGGUGAACAAUUUGGAAACGUUCGGUAUAAACUCGAAAGAAUUCAGUAAGGAAUGCCAAAAUAUUGGUGCGAGUGCGACAAUUACGGACGAACCUGGAAAGAAAACUCCUAGCGUUCUUGUUCAAGGAAAUCAAAUUCUAUAUGUGUAUAAGUUACUCACCGAGAAAUACCAAAUUAAGAAGACUUACAUAAGAGGGUUAGAGUUUGCUCCGAAAAAGCCAGGUGUCCAUAAAAAGUAGAGAAACAAUUGUCUAUCCGUGGAUGUCACGUCGUCAACUAACCAAACCUGUACUUCAAAUGCGUUUGACUUUCGUUCGCGAUCGUUGCAUUUUCCUUUCAAUUUGAACUUUGUAAUACCGUUCAGCUAUUCGAUUAAAGAGCCUCGUGGUAUCGUAAAGACUGCGUCUGCAUACCGUAUGCCGCAACUACAAUGUCUGCUCUUAAAACGAAAAACAUUUAAAACAAUCAAUCAUGUUUUACUAUUGUGCGUUGACUCGCGAAUAAAGGAA